AUGUCUCAGCCCGCCAGCGCAGUUCCGAGGUGUGUGGCAACUCGAGCUAAAAAUGCAACUCAGCAUCCAGGAUAUAUCCUGACCAGGGGCGAAGGCCCCACCAAGAGACGUACCAAAGCUCAAAAGGCCGCUGAUGAUCAACAUGAAGAAGAGGAAAACAGGGCAAGUGAAAUGGCUGUUCAAGAAGGACAUAACCGCAUUGCUGUAUUUCAGAAACAAAUGGAGACUGACCAAGCAGCUACACAUGUUGAUGCGCCAAAGCCUACUCGUCCCUGCCCACGCCCACGCCCCAUAAAAAAGGCUGUAAAAGUCAUGGAGACCUCCAACUUGACUAUGGCCAAAGAUAAGGCCAUUAGCGCUAAUGGCAAGGGUGGUGGGGCUAGAGGUAAAUUAGCAGCCAGUGCUAACAUCGACCAUCCUGGGAGUGAUGUAGAGGAAGAGGUGCAAGUGCCAGGGUCACGCAAGAAGAAGGAGAAGAGGAAAGUGUUACCAGUGAAGACGCCAGUGAGAGAUGCAAUCGAAGCAGUGGGUCUUAUCGAUGAAUCAACGAUGGCACGUGAUGACGAUAAGAAGUCUGCUGAUGUCUCUACAUCAGGUCCUCAAAAAUUUGGCUUUGCUGUCGAGCAUAUCCCGGGUUGGAGGACGGAAGUUCCUGCUGCCAGUGUUGGUUCUAAGCCAUCCUCCAAUGCAUUCAGGAAAAGACCAUCUACCAUGCCUUCCGACUUCUCUAGUACUGCUCCCUCUUCCAAACUUACUAUGGGGAGUACUAUCAGUAGUGGUGAUCGUUUUACGACCCUAUUUGCAGACGAUGAUCUGGCUGAAUCAGUCGAGCGCUCUCAAGCCCUUGCCCGUAUGUCCAAACCAAGAGCUGCUCAGGGCGUCAAGAUUUAUUCUAAGGUCCCCAAUACUUCAGUACAAACAAAUCAAUCCCAUCGCAAUGCCAAUCUGACUCCUCGACAGCUCAACACCAUUCAGCCCGACGUUUCCGACGAUGAAAUGAAUGCUGAGGCGGCCCCCCCAGUAGUAGCUUCCCUCGUUAACUAUGGAUCCGACACUGAUAUGGAAUCUGAUCUCGAGCCUCCUCCUUCUACACAGCGCAAACUCGGAAAUAUGGAGGAUGGUCUAACCGAUGAUGACGCGAUUGAGGAUGGCCUGCCUGAGGAUGACCUGCUCAAGGACGACGUGAUUGAGGAUGACCAGAUUGGGGAUGACUUCAUGGCCGAUGAUGACUUCAUCAUUGAGGAAGAUACACCUUCAUCCAAUGUUGAAUUUGUGGGGCACAGCAAGCCUAUGGUGGUCAAGACCAAAUCCGAACCAGGGUCCUUGCGGGUCACUUCUGCGGUAACUAAUGUUGGCAUCAAACACAAAGCUCCUGUGGCUAAUCGGACAAAGUCUUCCAUCGCACAUACUCGCAGUCUUUCCAGUAUCGCGAGUGCUACUUCUCGCGCCGUGUUGAACUCUGUUGAGGUGGAGAUUCUCCCCCGUUCUGCUUACCGGAUCAAAAACCUUCCUGGAGGUGCUCGGGCAGUGGCUAGAUGGAGUGUGGUAUUCAUCCCCACUCUCAUUUUCGCAAUCGGAGAUCAAGAUGAGGUCUGGGCGUGGGCUCUUCCCAAGUUGGAGGCAGUUCUCUGCACUACUGUGCAGGACACCUGGGAUGCGGUAUACAAGGACAUACCGCACAAGGUGACUACUGAUGGGCCUGUCAUGGCAUUAGCCACCCAGCGGCUAUCAGAAUGGCGCAAUGGCAUGGGCACUACCGCUGUCACCGCACUCACACACUUCAUGUCAUUACAGGAUGAUGUCGAGACUGACGAAGACCACGAAGAUUUUGCAAACAACUUACUUUUUAAGCUAGGGUUCUUGUAUGGUAGCAUCAUGGAGGACGGACAAUUCAAGAAACCCUUUCAGUCGGAACUCCUUGUUCAAGUCCUUGUACAGCACAGGUGUGCUACCUGGGGCGCCAUUGAGAGCCACAGGAAGAUGGAACGUGCCCUCAAGAUUAUCGGCCGUGACAAGACGCUCAUCAGUGAAUUGGAAGUCAACAGUAAAGGCAAUGCUGUCAAAGUCCCCCACAGUAUGAACAAAGCCUCAGGCAAGAUCAGCAACUCUCGAAAGGCCUUUUCCAACACCAACUUUGGUGCGGCAACCAGGGGCUAUAUGAAGUCCAUCAACCGCCUCGAUGAGUCGAUCCUCCAGGACGUCUGGUGCUGCACGAAGGAAAUCACUGCGAGGAGGUGUGUGUCCCAACUGAUGGAUUUCGGUGCUACUUUCUGUUUUAUAGAGUGA